GCGGUUCGCUGUGUCACGCACGGGCAGGCCCGGCGGCGCGGCCCGCCAUGGAGUAUCUCAUCGGCAUCCAGGGCCCCGACUACGUCCUGGUGGCCGCCGACUCGGUGGCGGCCACCAGCAUCCUGCAGAUGAAGCACGACCAUGACAAGAUGUUUAAAAUGAGUGAAAAGAUCUUACUCCUGUGUGUUGGGGAGGCUGGAGACACUGUACAGUUUGCAGAAUACAUCCAAAAGAACGUUCAACUCUACAAAAUGAGGAAUGGUUAUGAAUUAUCUCCUACUGCUGCUGCAAACUUUACACGCAGAAACCUAGCUGAUUAUCUACGGAGUCGAACCCCUUACCAUGUCAACCUGCUCUUGGCCGGCUACGAUGACCAUGAAGGUCCUACCCUUUAUUACAUGGAUUAUCUUGCGGCUCUGGCGAAAGCUCCUUUUGCAGCACAUGGAUACGGUGCAUUCCUUACCCUCACCAUCCUGGACCGCUAUUACAAGCCAGGUAUGACACGUGAGGAAGCUAUAGAGCUCCUAAAGAAAUGUCUAGAGGAGCUUCAGAAACGCUUCAUCCUGAAUCUGCCUUCUUUCAAUGUCCGGUUCAUUGACAAAGAUGGCAUCCAUGAAGUGGACAAUAUACCCCUUCCAAAAGUGGUAUCCUAACCCCUAAGGGUGUGUGAACUGGAUUAAGAGAUUGAGACUUGCUCAGUGUCACCAAAGAAACUUGUCUCCAGUGCUUUAACCGAUCCUGCUCCUUAAGACUGCCCUUAAAUCUAAUUUUGAACUCAAGCUCCAUCAGGCUUUGUAGUUUUUAAUUCUUUCCAGAGUGAAUUUAAUUAUCAGCUGUUUUUAUUGUAGUCAUGGCUGCAAUGGCUUUUAUUUAAAACCAGUGACAUAUAACAUUUUACUAAAAUGGAUCAUCUUUGAAAAACUCUUUCAACUCUUCAACUAUAAGAGAGGAAAUCCCAAGUAUUUCUUCUUGGCAGGCCUCAUUUAACAUAAGUAAAAUCUUAAGAAUCUCCUAGUUCUUCUGUAAUUGAAAUCUCACCCUUUCAUGUUGCAUUAAUGUAUUUUUUUGUUUAGUUUGAUAUGCAGCAUCUCUAAUUUAUUUUACCACUGAUCUUGAAUGUUUUUGCAGGUUUCUUGUCUCUCUUUUCAAAGUCAUUGCAGAGUGACUAAGUUGAUGUGAUAUUUUUGUCACUGCAUAUCAAAGCAGAAAUGUCGUCUUAUUGGAGAUACUCUUUGUUCCACAGACCCCAGAACUGGGAUGUGCUGCUAUUAGAUCAUGUUAGUUUGGCAGAGGAGCUGUCUGGAGUUUUUAUUGACAGCAAUUUGCAUGCAGGUGAUUAAUAAACAUAAAAUGGAUAUUCUAUUGCAAACACCCGUGUUGGAUUCAGGUUGGAGUGGAACAUAUGUUCUGCCCGAGGGCAAGAGCCAGGCUCCGAAUCUGCCAUUGACUGAAAGAUGGAAGGGGUUGCAUGAGAAACCAACAGAGCAGCAACGUCUAGAAAUGAAUAAAUACGGACGCUUAUUGUGAAGCAGAACAAAAGAACUGGUCCAAAACAUCAGGAUGUUCUUUCUAAGUAGUUUGUCUUUGGGGGACUUUUUCUACUAUUUACACUUUUUACAGAGAGAAAUAAUAUUCUCAGUGCAACUUUGUGCAUUGUUUUAAAGAUCCAUAGUACUGACGUUGAGAUUCACAGAAACUUAAAUUGUGAUUUCCUAAGUGUAGUAUAUGAUCUGUUUGAUAAGUGCUUGAGAUUUCCUAUUUCGGGUCCUUGGGGGGAAGAGGAACCUCUUAUUUACAGUAACUGCUUUAGUUUUAGCCUUGAAGCAUUUGGAAGCUGUGUUUUACCUAGAAUCCAAGAAUACCUUUUAAAAGCAUUCCUUUCCAAAAACAUCUACCUUCUCUUCUCUGUAAGCAUAAUUCCUGCAAAGAAUAGUUCUGUCUAAUACUACUUUUGGAUCUUCACGUAUCUACUUUAAAAGAGCAUGCUUUAACAAAGGUAAAGUAUUUGUGGUUAUUGUUUCAUCCACAGUGAGCUAUGCUGCUUUGCUCUGGCUGGUAAUGCUGACCAUAUGUUUUACUACCAAAGCCUCAGGGCCUAAAGAGUUAACAAGGCACUUUUUCUCCUUUCAGGUUUCCUGUUUAAAGAUGGUCUUUUCCUGAGCGCUGCGCGUGUGUAACAGAUCGUUGCACCAGCUCAUCUCCUCGAGCUCAGGGGUUGCUGUAAGAUCGGUUUACAAGGGAACAGAGCCCGUGAGCCUUAGGCCAUGUCGACAUUAGGAGCUUUGCUGAAAGAAGCAUCUCACAUAGGUGCAGCCCUCGGAGGCCUGGCCUAAACUACAAGAAGUGGCUUAUGCCGCUUGCACAAGCACUGGGCUUGUGUUGGUAAACCUUAGAAAUGCCUUUAUACAGGGAGAAGCUCUUUCCUUGGUGUUGACUUAUCUUUUUGUGCAAGAAAAGCUACAUUUCCU